AUGAAAGAUGAUAACAGAACCUGCAAAGCGGGCCAAGGCGAUCUCUGGGGCACUUCGAACCCCAGAGACACCCGGAUCCAGAUCUAUAUUUCUGCCGCGCUCGGCCUCAUCGCUCUCCUGGCCUUCUGCUUCCUCCGUCCGCGAUGGAAAGGCCUGUAUGCCGCGCGCAAGAAGCAAAGCAGCCGAGCGACCGCACUGCCAGAGCUCCCCGACAGCUUCCUCGGCUGGAUCAUUCCCCUAUGGCGCAUAACGGAGGAGCAGGUGCUGGCGUCGGCGGGCUUGGAUGCAUAUGUAUACCUGGCCUUCUACAAAAUGGCUAUCAAAUUCCUCCUCAUAGCGCUCUUCUUCUCCCUCGCGGUCAUCAAGCCAGUGCACGACACCCAUAAAGAGAAAGAUGGAAAAAUUAUCGAUCCCGACAAUCCCGACAAUCCCGACGGUUCCUCCAUUGCACCUCGCUCGACGUGGGCGACCAUGACCGCCGACUACGAAUACUACACCGAUUAUCUUUGGAUGUACCUGGUGUUCGCCUAUCUAUUCACAGCACUAGUGCUAUACUUGAUCGUGUCUCAGACACGGAAGAUCAUAGAGGUCCGGCAGGAAUACCUAGGCAGUCAAACUACAAUUACCGAUCGCACCAUCCGGCUCUCUGGCAUCCCGUUGGAGCUGAGGUCUGAAGAGAAGAUCAAGGAGAUCAUCGAGGGCCUCCAGAUCGGCAAGGUAGAAAGCGUGACGCUGUGUAAGAACUGGAAAGAGUUGGAUGACCGUCUGGCACAGCGAGAGGCUGUGCUGCGAAAGCUCGAGGAGGCAUGGACGGUUUACCUGGGCAAGAGAAAGGUAGAGCGAAGUCUGGAAACAUUGCCGGUAGUCCAGCCCCGGCCGCCCGGACCAGAAGUGCGAUACGAUGACGAAGAGGGAGAAUCCAGUCAACUCCUCAACGACACCGACCGAGACCCGGACUACGUCCUUCCGUAUGCCCAGCAGCGACCUAUGGCCAAGCUAUGGCAUGGUCGCUUUAAGCUUCGAUUCAAAAAUGUGGACGCCAUCAAUUACUACGAGGAGAAGCUGCGGAGACUCGACAAUGACAUCAAACUUCUACGGAAGAAAGACUUCGAGCCGACACCAUUAGCAUUCGUGACAAUGGAUAGCGUUGCAACGGCACAGAUGGCAAUUCAGGCUGUAUUGGAUCCUUCGCCGCUGCAACUUCUAGCAAACAGCAGCCCAGCGCCACCCGAUGUUGUUUGGUCGAACACCUACCUUCCACGUGGCAAGAGGAUGUUACGAGCUUGGUCCAUCACCGCCUUCAUCGGGGUCCUUAGCGUCUUCUGGACAUUCUUAUUGGUACCGAUCGCUGGGGCCUUGAACACAUGCGCUAUUCAUGAGGUGUUUCCCGGACUGGCCGACACAUUGGACUCUCACGAAGUCUUACAAUCUCUCGUGAACACUCAGCUGCCCACGCUCGCUAUAACGUUGCUCAAUGUUUUGGUGCCCUUCUUCUAUGAUUGGCUAGCCAAUCAGCAAGGCAUGAUAUCACAAGGCGACGUGGAGCUCUCAUUGAUCUCCAAAAACUUCUUCUUUACCUUCUUCAACUUCUUUUUCGUCUUCACCAUCCUCGGAACCGGGUCUGGGCUCUUGGCCACCAUUGAACGGUUUGGAGAGCAGUUUACGGAUGCUUCGACGAUCGCAUAUACCCUCGCCAAGUCGCUAGCAAAGCUGCUAGGCUUUUACACAAACUUCAUCAUCUUGCAAGGCUUUGGUCUGUUUCCACUUCGCCUCAUGGAAAUUGGCGCUCUCACAUUGUACCUCAUUAAUUUGAUUGGAGCCAAGACUCCCAGAGAUUAUGCGGAACUGGUCCAACCUCCUGUUUUCAGCUAUGGAUUCUUUCUGCCGCAGACUCUCCUCAUCUUCAUCAUCUGUCUCGUCUACAGCGUACUGCGCGAUUCCUGGCAGGUUUUGCUUAGCGGUCUUGCGUAUUUCAUGAUCGGUCACUUCGUCCACAAAUACCAACUGCUGUUCGCAAUGGAACACCGUCAGCAUUCCACAGGCAAGGGUUGGAUGAUGAUGUGCGAUCGGGUCAUCGUUGGCACGGUGCUUUUCCAAAUCACACUCGCCGGUCAGCUAGCCCUCAGGAAGGCCUUCAAGCGAGCUGUUCUCAUAGCGCCCCUUGUGAUUUGCACGUUAUGGUUUGCCUAUGUCUAUGGGCGGACCUAUCGGCCGCUUAUGAAGUUCAUUGCCUUAAGGAGUCUUCGACGUUCGGAUCACUCAGAUCUUGGCCGGGAUAUUCAGGAAGAGGCAUUCACCCUUGAUCACCCGGAUGGAAAUGGAAGCCUUGGACGGCAGACGCUGGAUGAAGCCCGAGAGAGCGGCUGGUCGAGUCGCUUCGACGUCACGUCGCCUUGCUCCACUCGUUCUUCCAGAAAGCUAUCAUUUUCUCCCAUUGCACCUCCGACCGGGGGCGUCGCAACAACGUCUUCCCAGAUCUACCUCUCUCGGGGAGUAGCAGGGACGCAAUCUGCACCAGCUCUUCCUUUGCUUGACCGCCAGCUCCCGCCGGUCACAUCGUACUUUGAGUCACCGCACCACCAUUCACUAUCCCUAGGCCCAUCAACAACCCGGUCUGUCGUCGAAAGAAUGUCGUACGCUUCCGAACCAUCAACUCGGGCGGACAUGGCUUCCACGUGCCCCAAUAAUGCGCCCGCAGAAGCCAGACCCUUUACAUCCAGAUCCAGUGCUCCAUCAGGCAGCGUAGUGGUGAGUCCCGCAGCUUCGACCAAAAGAUCUGAAGUCCUCCGUCACGUCUUCCCCCUCCAGUCACGCGGUACAUCUACAAGCCGAAAAUCCACGCCCCGCGAGAUGAGCCCCGAGCCCCGCAGAUAUCUACUGUCGUCGACCCGACUAUCAAAGCGCGUUGCUUUCCACAGGGCCAUUACUUCGUUCUUCAACAAUAGCCCAGCGCGAACAUCACACACAGAGAGCCGCAAAGGACGAUCAAGUGCAUCCAGUAUUCUCUCUAGGGCAAAUUCAAGCUCCAUCUACGGCUCGCGGCCGAGCUUGGAAGUCGUAUCGCCUGGCGCGUUUCUGUUCAGUGGCCCAAGCUUAAGAUCACACUCCGGUUCUAUGAGCAACUCUACCUCACAGCUACCGAGUCCCACGGAGAACGGCAGUGAGGGUUACUCGCUUCGCCGGGUACAUUCAGACUCCUUUUCUUUCGAUAAUGACAGUUUUCUGGAAGAUGGGAUCCUAGAGCCUCUCAUCGGGCACGGCAUCGUCCGAAGUAUGUCUGACGUCUUGCUCGGUAUCAGCACGCCAAUCGAAGAACUGCACUCUCCCCUACUUAGGGAUGUCCCAGAGGAUGUCAUUUCACUCACAUCUCAAUCAUGGCGUUCGGCGGUUGACAGCGUCGCACCUCUGAGACUGCCUCCUUCUUACCGAGUACCUAACGAGAUCCUCCAGCAAAUCUUUUACUACCUCGGCCCGAAGGAUUUCAACGCCGUUCGGCAUACAUGCCGAAAUUGGAUGCGAGCCAGCUUGAAUAAAAGCUUGCUUGCAGCCAUGCUAGAGAGAGGUGGAUGGUGGAGUAGUGCGGAGCGAGACCUACGACAAAGGGAGCAUGGGUCGAUUGACGAUCCAUCCACCAAUAUUGCGAGCGAUGAGUGGUUCCUUAGCCGCCGCCUAUCGCGAGAGUGUGCGUUAUCCUUCGCUUCGACUAGCAAUGGUAGAGCUCACAAGGCGAUCGUGGAGGUUUCGGACACGGACUUCACCGACCUAGCUAAUGGUCAUUCCGAAUCGAAUGGCGCACGCAGCGGCGGCCUCAUAUUCACGACAAGCAUCUGUGGGCAAUACACGCUCGUUGCCCGCGAUACGCUGAUCUACAUUUACGACCUCCGAGGCGGAGCUCUAGAGCCCGUGACCAGUGUCACCUGUCCUAGAAGAGUCUUGUCGGUGAGUAUGGACGCCUCCUCGGGUAGACACGCGGUUGCCGCUCUUCUCGAAGGCAGAAUGGGUAUGGUGUGCGAACUCCGGUACGGGCGCCGAUUAGGAAGUGACAGUCCGGUCGAAAUACACGUUGAGACUCACGGGGUCCCGCACCGAACCACGACAAGGACCUCUAUUAUUACAAGCGGUGCGAGCGAUUUUGAGGCUGGUGUAAAUGUUGCAGAUCACCGAACGCCAUUACGAUAUCACGGCCAAUCAGUCCCUGAAGCGCUAGACCAGACCGCGUUCGAAUCGGUUGAUGUUCAAUCCAAUUACCAGGCCGUCCGUUUACGAGAUGUCAACAAUGAGCGUACGCAUAUGCGGAACCACAUUAACCCGACUUGGAAUCUUAGCCUUCGAGGAAUACGUCAAUGCUGUGCGUCAACGGCCGACUCACAUCCUGCCGGAUCCUGUGGUGGCAGCAUCCCGGUCGAGAGCGGCACCUCCACCUUCUAUCGCCACCUAUGCUCUGAGGACGAUCCCCCACGCAGUGUUUCGAUAUGUCCUCAACGUCGUUGCGUCGCUUUUGGCUGCUCAGCGGGUAUCGAACUGCACUGGAUUGAUGCUCUCACGGGCCAGAGCUUGAGUCGCUGGUUUCCGCUUACAGCACCGUCGGAUUAUCUGUUCUUCUUGUCUCCUCGUCCAGGUUUCGAAUCUGCGAAAAAGUUACGUCUCAUCUCUAGCGCUGCGCAUCCUGACGAUCGGCCCGCGCUUUGCCGCAAGUUCUUUCUCGGUCGACCGACCAUCAGCUCGUUCUGGGGUUCUUUCGGUUUCGAGAACAAUUCGCGACGGGGCGGAUUAUCGACCUGCGAUCAUUACCGCGCAGUCCCUCUCAGUGAUGGCCACCAUGUCCUUUUCAUCGAUCCUCGGACGGGAAGGCUUUUCAUGGGCUGCGAUGCGCCCCUUGGUGGACCUACAAAGCUUCUACGCAAAAUUAUGUUCGUCCCACCUCCGGAAGGUAGCCAAGUACCACGCCUAUACACUGCUGCCUUUGAUAUGACGUGGGGUGCACGAGUCGCCGUAGCCUUUGGCGACACGAUUAUGCUCUACAGUGUACCACCCGACGACCACUGGCUGAACUGGUGGGACGAGCCUUAUUCCUACAACCGAUGGGGAGACAAUCCCGUCUGGCCGAUCGCGCUUCGCGGAACUGAGGUCGAUAUGCUUCACGGACUCUGCGAAUUGGCUGUUCACACCAGGCCUGACAUCACCAUUUGGGCCUUCACGCUUAAUUCCCGGUGCAAGACAUGGCAAUUGCGUAACCACGCGGAUCCCCUGCAUCGAUCCCGGCGCUACGUCUGCCGCAGCGGUUUAGUCCACGAUGCAUAUACAGUCGAUGAAGAUGGGGACGUCAUGAUGGCCGAUGCUCCACCGCCGUCGCCUCCCCUGAAGUCCCCCCCGCUGAGCGAUGACGAGGAGGAAUUCCAGGAGGAGCCGGAGCGCUCAGUGGGCUUUGACGGCCACUCCUCGCAGCUUCUAGUAAAUCGAAUUCCGAGGGCACUCAGCAUUGAGAAUGACGAAUGGGUGGACUUCCUAGACGUGAGAGGCUGCGAUGCGUAUUACGAUGGGAAUGGGGACGUGCUGCUGUUCCCUCUGGAUGCUGAUGGGGUGGAGUGGGAGGUUGAGUUUGUGGAAGAGGCGGCUGCUGGAGCAUUCAUGGGCGUGUGA